AUGAGUUCCUAUUUUGUCAACUCAACUUUCCCCGUGUCGCUACCGGGAGGACAGGACUCUCUCCUGGGCCAGAUCCCCCUGUACGCGUCGGGGUACAGCGACCCGUUGAGGCACUUCUCCGGCGCGGCCGCCUAUGGAGGCGCCGCCGCCGUGCAGGACAAGGUCUACCCGGCCUCCUACUACCAGCAGACGGCCAUCUACGGCCGGGCGGGCGGCGGAGCGGCGCCGUGCGGCGACUACGCCGCCGCGGCCGGGGGCUUCUACAAAGACGCGGAGGGCUCGUGCGCCUUCUCCGGACGCGGCGAUCCGCCGCCGCCGCCGCCGCCUCUCUUUGGCGCGCAGGAGCACAAAGCCGAGUGCGCGGACCCGAGCGCGGGCAUGAGCCUGGAGGACAAGUCGGCGCUUAUCUACCCUUGGAUGCAGAGGAUGAACGCCUGCUCGGCCGGCCCGUUCGGCAGCGGCGGCCGCCGGGGCCGCCAGACCUACACCCGCUACCAGACCCUGGAGCUGGAGAAGGAGUUCCACUUCAACCGCUACCUGACCCGCCGGCGCCGGAUAGAGAUCUCGCACGCCCUGUGCCUGACGGAGAGACAGAUCAAGAUCUGGUUCCAGAACCGCCGGAUGAAGUGGAAGAAGGAGAACAAGCUGCUCAAUCCGCCCAAGACGCCCGAGGAAGAGGAGGAGGAGGCGGAGAAGAAGAGUUAA